UGAAAACUUGGGCGAUCAAUUCAAACAACGGAAGAACCUCACAAACAAGAAACUCAUGGGAAAACUGUGGUAUUUCAUGCAUCUGAGAGCAGUAUUUCUCGAUUUCUAAAUAGAGAAGAUUACUGAAGGUUGGUGGUUGCCAUUAGUUUCGACAAGGGUGUGAUUAGAUGCGAACCAUAUGUGAAAACCAAUUGCAGUUAUUUUGCGAAGUUAAUUGACGACAACUUCGAAACAAUGUUUUCAAGUGUGCAAAACAAAGAACCAGGUCGGGUAUGGUUUCAGGAUGGAUAACCGAGUCAAAACCCAACGAUGUCCCGCGCAGCUAUAUAAAACGUGCAAACUAUGAACUUUUAACUGAUUACAAAUUCCUCUAAGAAGCUCUGACCUGCACCCAAUUGAGAACAUUUUCAAAUUAGUUACAGAUGUGUUGCGUUAAUAACUAACAAACAAUCUAAUUGAGCAUCACGAAGGAGAUCUUGGAGGAAUUUUAACUUAGAUUAAUAUCAAAUUCAAAACAAUCUCGUCAGACAGCUGAACCAUACGAAGUCUAUUUGAACACAAUCAAUUGGCGGAGCGUAGAAAUACCGAAGUAAAAUUUAAAAGCCAUUAUGUUAAAGGUGGGUUACAGACACGUUUUAGAUUAACCUGUUCACAAAAUGAGGAGUCUCGCAAUCAUACCUGGCAUAUUUUUUGUUUUAUGUUUCGUAAUUCAUUGGGCAAAUUCAACAGUGAGGUUACAAGGUCCAUUAAGAGCAAAUGGUACCGGUCGUGUAGAAGUAUUCUAUCGUGGAGAAUGGGGAACAAUCUGUGAAGAUGGAUGGGAUAUGAGAGAUGCUAGGGUUGUGUGUCGUCAACUUGGUUAUAAUGAUUCUGUUCGAACUCUUGAGAGAAAUGAGGUUCCUGAUGGUUCUGGCCAAAUAUGGUUGUCUCACGUCUCUUGCACUGGAAAUGAGCAAAAUAUAACAAAUUGUUCUCACGGUGGUUGGGGAAAUCAUCGUUGUUCGCAUAAUAAAGACGCGGGAGUUGAAUGUACAAAUACAAAUUUCACUGGUAUACCAGUAAGACUGAGGUUGCAAGGACCAUCAAGUGCAAAUGGUACUGGUCGUGUUGAAGUAUUCUAUCAUGGACUAUGGGGAACAAUCUGUGAUGAUGGAUGGGAUAUUAGAGACGCUAGGGUUGUGUGCCGUCAACUAGGUUAUAAAGACGUUGUACGAAUUGUUCAGAAAAGCGAGGUUCCUGAUGGUUCAGGCCAAAUAUGGUUAUCCCACGUCUCGUGCACGGGAAAUGAGCAAAAUAUAAGAAGUUGUUCUCAUCGUGGUUGGGGAAGUCAUCGAUGUUCGCAUCGUCAAAAUGUAGGAGUUGAAUGUACAUAUACAGAUUUUACAACUAUACCUGUGAGACUAAGGUUGCAAGGACCAUCAAGCGUGAAGGGUAUUGGUCGUCUUGAAGUAUUGUAUCGUGGACAUUGGGGAACAAUCUGUCGUUAUGGCUGGGAUAUGAGAGACGCUAUAGUUUCAUGUCGUGAAUUGGGGUAUAAAGAUGUUGUUCGAACUCUUCAGGGAAGAGAUGUUCCUUCUGGGUCGGGUAAAAUAUGGUUAUCUCAAGUCUAUUGCACCGGAAAUGAGCCAAAUUUGACAAGCUGUUCUCAUGAUGGUUGGGAAAAUCAUCUUUGCACGCAUUAUGAAGACGUCGGUGUUGAAUGCACAAAUACACUGUCAGAUUUUACGGUUAUACCUAUAAAACUGAGGUUACAAGGUCCGUCAAGUACAUAUGGAACUGGUCGUGUUGAGAUUUUAUAUCAUGGAUAUUGGGGAACAAUCUGUGAUCGUGGAUGGGAUGUGAGGGACGCUAGGGUUUUUUGUCGCCAACUUGGUUUUCAAAGUGCUGUUAGAAUUCUUCCGGGAGGCGAGUUCCCCUUUAGUUCAGGCCAAAUGUGGUUAUCCAACGUCUCCUGUACUGGAAAUGAAAAAAAUAUAUCAAGUUGUUCUCACGAUGGUUGGGGAACUCAUAGCUGUUCGAAUUUCGAGGACGCAGGAGUUGAAUGUAAAAAUACAGAUUUCAUCCCCGUGAGGUUACAUGGACCUUCAGGUGCGAAUGGUACUGGUCGUGUUGAAGUAUUCCAUCGUGGGGAAUGGGGAAAAAUCUGUGAUGAUGGAUGGGAUAUGAGAGAUGCUAGAGUUGUAUGUCGUCAACUUGGCUAUAAAGAUGUUCUUCAAACAUUUCAAGAAGGCCAGGUUUCUGAAGGUUCAGACCAAAUUUGGUUAUCGCAUGUCCAUUGCACUGGAGAUGAGCAAAAUUUAAAAAGCUGUCCUCAUCGUGGUUGGGGAGGUCAUCGAUGUUUGCAAGGAAAAGUCGCUGGAGUUGAAUGCACAAAAAUAGAUUUUACUCCUAUACCUGUGAGACUGAGGUUGCAAGGACCGUUAAGUGCAAAUGGUAGUGGCCGUGUUGAAGUAUUAUAUCAUGGAGUAUGGGGAACAAUCUGUGAUGACGGGUGGGAUAUGAUAGACGCUAGGGUAGUGUGUCGUCAACUUGGUUACAAAGCUGUUGUUCGAAAUCUUCAUGAAGGCGAGUUUCCUUCUGGUUCAGGACAAAUAUGGUUAUCCGACCUCUCGUGCACCGGAAAUGAACAAAAUAUAACAGGUUGCUCUCACGGCGGUUGGGGAAUUCAAUUUUGCUCCCAUCGUGAAGACGUCGGAGUUGAAUGUACCGCAGAUCAGGUUACAGAAACUACCACAGCAAAUCCAACGGAGUCCAUAACAGAAGAAUCAAAGUCAGACGAGGAAUCGGACAGCGUUGAAUGGCCAAUAUUUAUGAUAAUACCAGCAGUCAUCAUCGCUGGGAUUAUCAUUGCCUGUAUUGCGUUAUUUUAUCGCAGUCGAUGGUUAAAAAGAAAGAAUGUUAAACCAGAUCCCACUCCUGAAAAUACAAUAAAAAAUCCAGUUUUUGAUGAGUCGAAUUGUGUGCGUCACGCACAAAACCUUUCCGGGUCAGGAGGAGCUGUAGAUAACGCGGGUUACGUCACUAAUGAAAAUACUGCGAUGUGAUUGGUUGAGAGUUGUUAAGGCCAUUGUAUGGUCGUACAUUUUCCAAAAAAUUAUACAUGUCAAAAAUAGAAUUUCUAAAAGUUUUAAAAUGGCAGUUACGCUAACGCGAACUAAAGUUUGGAUUAAGCAAAACAAACCAAGACCAUUGAACGUCCAACUUUGCUGACAUAGAAUCUGGACGAUCGAGCUUCACGUUUUGGUUUAGCGUUGUUUCGAUAAAAUAUCUGACCUCUAGGGUGUUUUAAAUUACCCUGCCGCCGGUUACGGAAUUAGAACUUCAAACUUUUAACUUAUCUUCGAAAGAAGUCAAAGUUACUCGUACUUAAUUUCGCGCGACUUUACUGUAGUUUCGCAGUUUUUGCAAUUGAAAAAAAAAUCCCGAAAUUAAAAUCGCACGAAUACAGAACCCCGCGAAACUUCCCCGCGCGAAAUUAAAUAACCCGUCAAAAAUUUAGAAUUGCUAAAUCAAAAAUUAUUCAAUAAAUAAUGAUCAACAACUCCAAACAAAAGAAUCUUUAUGUUCGCAGUUACUACUACACUUUACUUGCCAAAAUAUCUCAGUUGUUGAAAAAGUGUAUACAAUUUAAAAAAAUGUUAUUCAGAAAUAUUUUACGAAUUUUAAUGCCGUUUUAUAUUUCCGUCCAUCCAAAUCGCGAAAAUAAAACCUCGCGAAAUAUGGCUUGGAUAAAAUCGCGAAAUUAAAGUCGCGCCAAUUAAAUUAAGUAUGAAUAAGGUAAUCGACUUUCCAAUCAUAUAAGUAAAGUUAACGUUCAGGUGCCGGUUGUACGAAGGCCGCCGGAUAGUGCUAUCCACCGGAUAGUGAUUUAUUCAAUCAAUAAAAUUAUUUUAAGCUUUCAAACGAAUGAUUGUUAAAUAGGACACUCAAGUUAGGAAUACUAAGAUUUAAUCAAAGUUUCAGUGAACAACAGGUGGUAUCCACUAUCCGGUGGAUUCAUACAACUGGCCACAAAUCUUUUCUGUCAAGAACAUACUUACGCUCAUUAGAGUUAUUUUUCGACGUCGAUUUUUUUUGUACGUAGUCAUUGAAUUGUAUAGAAACUGUUCAUAUGCUAUUGCCUGAUUCUUAAUUUUUAAGGUUUUCUUACAUUAUUUCAGGCUACUUUUACUUUCGGGUAAUAAGCAUUGUCUAACAUUUAAAAAAACCCAAUUAUUUUUAUUCAUGAGCUUGCGGCAUAUGUUUAUUCAUGUAACUAUAUUUGUUUCUUCUGUGUAUUAUUUCUUAACGUUUUUGGAAUCGGAGGAAUGCCCGGAAUGGGAUCUCGAGUCCCAUUCGUAUUUCUCUCGUUUUAACAUUUUUCAAUAAAU